AUGGCGGGGCUCUACGAGAAGCCGUCGGAGACGUACGCCAAGAAGCGUCCGCAGUACCCCAAGGAGUGGUUCUCCAUGCUGGCCGGCCUCACCGCAGGGCACCAGCGCGCCUGGGACGCCGGGUGCGGCACCGGCCAGGCCGCCAUCAGCAUGGCGGAGCACUACGAGAGCGUGGUGGCGACGGACGUGAGCGUGGGCCAACUCCGGCACGCCAUCGCGCACCCCAAGGUGCGGUACCUCCACACCCCGGAGCACCUCUCGGAGGACGAGCUGGUGUCCCUGGUCGGCGGUGAGGGCUCGCUGGACCUGAUCGUGGUGGCCACCUCCAUCCACUGGUUCGACAUCCCGCUCUUCUACGCCGUGGUGAACCGCGCCCUGAGGAAGCCCGGCGGCGUGGUCGCCGUGUGGGGCUACAACUACGAGAUCCACCCGUUCGAGGACGCGCUGCACGGCCAGCUCUACCCGGCGCUGCGGCCGUACCAGGACCCGCGGGCAGGGCUGGCCAUGGAGCGGUACCGGGCCCUGCCGUUCCCGUUCGAGCCCAUCGGGGUGGGCGCCGAGGGCGCGCCCGCCGACGUGGACAUCGAGGUGGAGAUGACGCUGGAGGACCUGGUCGGGUUCCUGAACACCGGCUCUGUCGUUACCACGGCGAGGGCCAAGGGCGCGGACCUGGAGGCGGUCACGCGGGACGCGCUGAAGCGUGUGGAGGAGGAGUGGGGCGGCGCGCCCACCGUGCCCAGGAAGCUCGUGUUCAAGGCGUUCAUGCUCGCCGGGAGGCCCAAGUAA